GGAAGCUUCAAGACAAAUCUUCUUUUCUUUUACUCUAUGGACGGUGGUGGAAGCGAUUAAAUUGUUGCCUUUGGAAAAGUAGACACAAAGGACAAAGGUGAUUGAAGAAAAAAGCAGGAGAGCUUUACCCUGCCGUUCUUUUUUUUUUUUUUUUUGGUAGAAAACGAUACCCUUCAAUUAUUGCUAAUUUGCUAUAGAAAGUAGAAACACAGGAUCAUGGUUGUUAGAACUCAGAAGCAAAGUUGCCCAGCCAGGAGCUUCAUUUCAGUUUAUCUACUUUUGUGAUUUAGUCUUCUCUUCUUAUAUCUACAGGGUGAAGUUCUGGUUCGUCGUGUUUCAAGCUACUUUAUUUCAUUUCAUUUCUCCUCUUCUGUUCUUCCGAUCCAGACUACUGAGAAACAACUGAUCAAAUCAUCAAAUCAAGUUUCUGCUCCUGAAUCUCUCCUUAACAUCUCUUGAAAGGAAGAAAAAUGUUUACUUUUAGGCUUAUAGGAGGGAUUUUCAUCGUUCUUCUUCUAAAGAAACUCUUCGACAAAAGAACUGAUCAUGCUUCUGCAAAUGGAAAGAACGAUUACCAGUGCCACACAAAAGUCCGAGUCCGAGUCCGAGUCCUCUUCUUCUUCAUCGCUUCCCUCUUCUGGAGAGAACGACGCAGCAGCAGCAGCAUCAUCAUCUGCCACACAAGAGUGCGAUGAUUCCUCUUCUUCUGAGUGGGAUUACGAGGUAUUCUUGAGCUUUAGAGGUGAGGACACCCGCACCAAAUUCACCGACCACCUCUACAACGCCCUCCUCGAUAAAGGAAUCCACACUUUCAUGGACAACGAAGGACUCCGAAUCGGAAAAAAGAUCGGUCCGGCGCUUAUUCCUGCGAUCCACCAGUCCAAAAUCGCUAUCAUCAUCUUCUCAAAAGACUAUGCUUCCAGCAAAUGGUGCCUCCAUGAAGUUGCAGAGAUUGCGGAGUACAUGAAAAAGGGGGGCAAAAGACAAAUAAAAGCGAUGCCCGUAUUCUACGAUGUAGAUCCAUCGGAGGUCCGAAACCAGACUACUGGUAGCUCCUAUGGGAAUGCUUUUCGAAAGCACGAGAAGAAUUUCGACAAGGAGACUGUACAGGUGUGGAAGAAGGCUUUGAGAGAGGUUGGUGAAUCCAAGGGAUGGGAUCUGAAGAAUACUGUUGACGGGCAUGAAGGGAAGUUAAUAAAAUUAAUUGUUAACGAAGUUUGGAGUGAAUUAAGAAAGAGCCCCUUGACUAUUUCUGACAAUAUGGUCGGAAUUCAUUCUCAUAUAAAAGAAAUGAUGAAGUUGAUAAAUAUUACAUCUAAAGAUAGACGGAUUAUUGGAAUCCAUGGUUUAGGUGGCAUUGGUAAGACCACGAUUGCCAGGUGUGUGUACAAUACAGUCUAUCAUCACUUUGAAGGAUGUAGCUUUAUAGCAGAUUUUCGAGAAACUUUCCGAACAAAGGGAGCUGUCCAUUUGCAGAGUCAACUUCUCACUAAUAUCUUGAACCUUGAGAAUCCAAUCAUUACUAGUGUUGAUCAAGGAAUUGAUAUGAUCAAGCAAAGAUUAUCAAAUAAAAAAGUUCUUAUUGUUCUUGAUGAUGUGGAUAAAAAUCGUAACUUAGAUGCAAUAAUUGGGAAGCGUGACUGGUUUGGUUUUGGAAGUAAGAUUAUUAUUACGACUAGGGACAGGCAUGUCUUAAAUGUUCUUGAAGUAGAUGAAACUUAUGAGCCCAAUGAAAUGGAUUCAGAUCAAUCUCUUAAACUUUUCAGCAAAAAUGCCUUCAAAAUUGACCUACCUCCAAAAAAAUUUUUGAAUCUCUCAAAAGAUGUGAUAAAAACUACUGGAGGACUUCCUUUGGCUCUUGAGGUUAUAGGUUCUUAUUUAUGUCAUAAAACAGAAUCAACAUGGGAAGACACUGUGAAGAAGUUGGCCAAAAUUCCAAAUACUGAAGUGCUGACAAAGUUUAGAAUAAGUUAUGAUGGAUUAGAAGAUGAAGAGAAAUCGAUGUUUCUUGAUGUUGCUUGUUUUUUUAUCAGAAUGGAUAAGAAUAUUGCAUGUUACAUAUGGGAUGGCUGUGAAUUUUUCCCUAAAUCAGGAAUUGAAAAUCUUUGCCUGAAGUCACUAGUUAAGAUUGGUGAAGAAAAUGAGCUAAUGAUGCAUGAUCAGCUAAGAGAUCUUGGAAGGGAAAUUGUUCGUCAAGAAAACCCUAAGGAGCUUGGGAAACGUAGUAGGUUGUGUUUGCACAAGGAGGUAUUGGAAUAUUGAGUACUCAACAGGGAACAAGGAAAGUUGAAGGACUAUCUAUUACCUUCCCCUAUCGGGGAAAUAACCAAUGUAUGAUGAUUGAAUCCUUAGCCGCUAUGACUAAACUAAGGUUACUUCAGGUGGAUUAUGCCGAGCUUGCUGGAAACU